AGUGGAGACAUGGAGUAAUUGAGAGAUUACCAACCCCCCAAUUCCAUCCCAACCGUGUUAUUCCCUUUGAGAAGACUGUUCUCAAAGAUAGAGGGCUCCAUGUCAAGUGGUCCUCGGGUGGAAUUGGUUCGACGUCAGAUCAGAUGCGCAUUUAACCACCUAGAUUAGGACCAAAACAAAACAAACUACCUUUUGUCUCGCGUGAACCCUGUCAUCAGACAGGACGCAGCAAAUUGUGGAGGGCGCAUAAUCGCACAGUCGGUCGGUUAUCUUCAACGGUUUUAUUCUCACGAAAACCGGGCCGUCGAGUAACAAUUCUCGCGUAACGACCGAACGCGCAUUUGUUCACCAUGCCGCCGAAGAGAGGACGAGGCCGUAAAACAAUUGGGGCCCCUCGAACACAACCUCGAGAUGACGGAGGUGCAGGUCCAUCUAAUGCUGCGGCCACUGCAUCACCUUCCACUCGAGGACGGCCGCCCAAGUCCCGCGGAGGAACAAGGGGGGCAAGCGGCCAGCCGGCGCCCCAAGGCCGUCAGACGUCCAACACAUAUCAACUAUGCAAUAGCAUUACCGCUGAUACCGUGCUAGCUGGGGACCCCACCCCCCAAGGUCGCCGACACCGGUACAAGCCGGGGACCGUCGCAUUGAAAGAGAUCCGCAAAUACCAGCGCUCAUAUGACCUCCUUAUUCAGAAGCUACCGUUUGCGCGACUCGUACGCGAGGUCGCAUUGGAACUUCUCCCCGCUGAAGUAGGCGCGGAGUUACGAUGGCAGUCCCACGCAAUUCAGGCACUACAAGAGGCCGCUGAAGCUUUCCUCGUCCACCUUUUCGAGGAUACCAAUCUCUGUGCUUUGCACGCUAAGCGUGUAACGAUUAUGCAGAAAGAUAUCCAGCUCGCCCGAAGAAUACGCGGUGUUUGGGGAGGUCUGGGUUGA